CGGUUUUAAACAGUAUACACUACAGUUUACACAGCUGCUCAGGUACCUGCAGUUCGUGCUUUCAGCCACUGAGCGGUGAUAUUGCACCCAUUUUACCAUCUGUCAGCAAAGAGGAAGACGCUGCUCUUGCAGAUACUUCCACCUUGAGAGAAAUGGCCGAACUGUGAAUAUUCCAGCGAUAACUCACAGUGUGAGAUGAUGGACCCUGAGGUGUCUGUGCUCCUGCACUGUGCCGCCUGGAGUGGGCUGCUUGAGUCUCAAGUACAUGUGGAACUUUCUGAAAGAUUUAACAGGCAGACAGAUCCAUCUCUAGAGUGCCAAAUUGAGGCGCUAUGGACAGACCGGGUGACUAAAGAGCCAUGGCUUUUCAAUGGGGCCAAAUUCAGACUGCACUCUUAUUGCUUGGCCUCCCUCAAUGGUCCCUUAUUAUCCUCUGUUUCUCCCGAAGACCCUCCAUGUACUGAUUCAUCCAAAGUCCCCUCUGUGGACUGUGUUGAGAAUCAACAAACUGAUCGUCUGCAUAGUGUUUCACAGAACAGGAGCAAAUGCACAAAUGAAACUGAUCUAGAGGGCAUCCUCCCACAGACUGGGCCAAUCCUCACUCUUAGACUUGGCAUAACAUGCUACAAAGACUACCUGGGAACAAACUGGUCCAGUCGAGUUGCUGAGUUGUGUCAGAUUGGGGAGGUGAAGUUCAGCGAUCCUCUGGCUUUGCUGUCUCAGCCUCUCGGUGUUGGUGCUGUUCUGUGCACGGUCGAUGGGCAAGUGGUACUGAUCAGGAGGAGCCAGAGGGUGGCAGAGGCAGGGGGACUCCUGGACAUCCCUGGAGGUCACCCAGAGCCAAAGGUGGUGUGUGAGCGGCUGGGGCAGAAGGUGUCUGAGGAGCUGAUCAGUGUGUCCAUGAUGCAGCAGAAGUCAGAAGCUGUUGUCUCUGAACUGUUCUCAUCUGUGUGUGCUGAGAUCAGAGAUGAGGUGAACAUUCCUUUAAGCUCUCUUGGUCAGCCGAUCCUGAUGGGAGUCGCGCUAAAUCACACCAGCGCUGGAAGACCAAGUGCAGAGUUCUACGUAAGAUGCUCAAUUACAUCCGAUGAAGUGAGACAGUUGUAUUGGAAAGGAGGAGCAGAGGCCCAUGAGUCCACAGAUAUUGUCUUCCUCAGCAGGACAGAGGUGCUUGAGCUGAACAGUCGCAGCCCUCUGUGGUCAGAGCUGUGUCCUUCUGCUAAAGGAGCUGUGCUGCUUUUUCAGACUGUAAAACCAGGGUAGAUGACAUGAGUGACCACUCCAGAACACGGACCCAGAUGAUGAAGAAACAAAAAAACUUUCAUAUAAAGUUCAGGAAUUUAUUUUCUCGUGUGUCAAAUACUGUAUUUUUCUUAUUAAAAUACUACAACACA